GGGCCGCGCCGCCGGGGACUUUCAGGAACUGCGGGAGCGGGCGGCGGCCGGAGUCGCCCGGCGCCAGCGGCGGGGCCUGCGCGCCGAGAGCAGCGGCUGAGGCGGAGCCGCCGCCCUCGCCUGCCCGACUGGGGGCCGACCAGCCGCGGCGCGGGAAACAGGCCGGCCGUCCCGGGCCGGGGGAUCCGGCCGCCAUGGCCACCAAGGCUCGGGUUAUGUAUGAUUUUGCUGCUGAACCUGGAAAUAAUGAACUGACAGUCAGUGAAGGAGAGAUCAUCACCAUCACAAACCCGGAUGUUGGCGGCGGAUGGCUGGAAGGAAGGAACAGCAAAGGAGAACGAGGCCUCGUUCCCACAGACUACGUCGAGAUCUUAUCCAGUGAUGGGAAGGAUCAGUUUUCUUGUGGAAAUUCAGUGGCCGACCAAGCCUUCCUUGAUUCCCUCUCAGCAAGUACGGCUCAAGCCAGCCUGUCAGCCGCCAACAGCAAUACCCAGGUCAGCGGUGGCAGUGACCCCUGGUCAUCCUGGGGUGCCUCCAAAUCUGGGAAUUGGGAGAGCUCAGAUGGCUGGGGGGCCAAGCCAGAGGGGGCUGGUGCCCAGAGAAAUUCUGCCAACAACUGGGACGCUGCCUUUGGCCACCCCCAGGCCUACCAAGGACCAGCAACUGGUGACGAUGAUGACUGGGACGAAGACUGGGAUGACCCCAAGUCCUCUUCCCCUUACUUUAAGGAUUCAGAAUCCUCGGAAGCAGGAGGCGUCCAGCGAGGAAACAAUCGUGCCGGUGCCUCUUCCAUGAAGCUGCCCCUCAACAAAUUUCCUGGAUUUGCAAAACCUGGAAUGGAGCAAUAUUUGUUGGCCAAGCAACUAGCAAAGCCCAAAGAGAAAAUUCCCAUCAUUGUUGGAGAUUAUGGCCCGAUGUGGGUUUAUCCUACCUCUACAUUCGACUGUGUGGUAGCGGAUCCCAGGAAAGGCUCCAAAAUGUAUGGUCUGAAGAGCUACAUUGAGUACCAGUUAACACCCACGAACACUAACAGAUCUGUAAACCACAGGUAUAAGCACUUUGACUGGUUGUAUGAACGUCUCCUGGUGAAGUUUGGAUCUGCCAUUCCAAUACCUUCUCUUCCAGAUAAACAAGUCACAGGUCGCUUUGAAGAGGAAUUUAUCAAAAUGCGCAUGGAGAGGCUGCAGGCAUGGAUGACCAGGAUGUGCCGGCACCCGGUGGUCUCCGAGAGCGAGGUCUUCCAGCAGUUCCUUAAUUUCCGGGAUGAGAAGGAGUGGAAGACUGGGAAGAGGAAGGCCGAGAAGGAUGAGCUGGUGGGAGUUAUGAUAUUUUCCACCAUGGAGCCAGAGGCACCCGACUUGGACUUACUGGAAAUAGAGCAGAAGUGUGAUGCCGUGGGGAAGUUCACCAAGGCCAUGGACGACGGCGUGAAGGAGCUGCUGACCGUGGGGCAGGAGCACUGGAAGCGGUGCACAGGACCAUUACCCAAGGAAUACCAGAAGAUAGGCAAGGCCUUGCAGAGCUUAGCGACCGUGUUCAGCUCCAGCGGUUAUCAAGGUGAAACAGAUCUCAAUGAUGCAAUAACAGAAGCAGGAAAGACUUAUGAAGAAAUUGCCAACCUUGUGGCAGAGCAGCCAAAGAAGGAUCUCCACUUCCUGAUGGAAUGCAAUCACGAGUACAAGGGCUUUCUGGGCUGCUUCCCCGACAUCAUUGGCGCUCACAAGGGAGCCAUAGAGAAAGUGAAAGAAAGUGACAAACUAGUCGCAACGAGCAAAAUCACCCCACAGGACAAGCAGAUGAUGGUGAAGCGAGUGGGCACCAUGUCUUACGCACUGCAAGCUGAGAUGAAUCACUUCCACAGUAACCGGAUCUACGACUACAACAGCGUCAUCCGCCUCUACCUGGAGCAGCAGGUGCAGUUCUACGAGACGAUCGCCGAGAAGCUGAGGCAGGCCCUCAGCCGCUUCCCGGUCCUGUAGCGCGGCCGGCACAGGCGAGAGCGCGGCGCUUCCUCCGGACGGGCGGCGGCGUCGGAAACCAGGUUCCUGCGUCCGAGAGCAGCGAGCAGCAGCAGCGAGGCCUGCGCAGCCGCGUCUUCUGUGUUACCGCCCGCCGCGCCGCCCCCGGACAUGGCCUCCGUUUCUUUCCAUUUCCAUUAUUUAAGCCAAUGGAAAUUGUCUAUUUUUGGAAAACACUUAAAUUUAUCAGAAUUUUGAAUGGAAAAUUAGGGGUUUCCUCCCACUCAUAUUUUACUUGGAAUCGUAAUUUAUAAGUCACCCACAAUCUUCCAGUUCUCACCCAGUGUCAGAUAAUUAAUUACUAAUUGCUUUCUUAAAAUAUGAAUAUGCCAGAAUAAAAAAUAUAUAUAUUUGUAUUUUUUAUAACUUUUUUCAGUCCUUGGGAAGUCUGCGUUUGUGACUUAAGUGCUUACACUGCAGAAGCGAGGAAGCAGAGGGCGAGGGCCCGGGCUGCUGGCGCCCCCUGUGGUCUGUGGCAGGCGGCCGGGGCGUGUCCCUUCCCGGGGCUGUGGCCCUGCGGCGUCUGGGGCCAUGGUUGCAGCUCCUGCUGCACCCUCCUUGCUCUUCCUCCCUAAUUGUGCUCAAGGCGUGCUUCCUGCUGGAAAGAAAAGUCAGAAACGUGAGGGGGAUUUUCAGAAGCCUCUGCGGCUUUGCCCCCACACAUGGGCAGCCACGCUGGCCCCGUGCUGGGGGCGCUAUAGGAAGGGGUGGGCUCGGCCCCUGCAGAGCAUUGCCCCCCCCCCCCCAUUAGGACAAGGUGGGAGGUCGGACGGGCGAGUAGCAGGCCAGUGGGUGCUGUGUGGACAGGCGAAGCUGCGGUCUGGCCCCAAGGUGGGGCGUGUUGACCCUGAACCUUGGUGUCGGGGACUCGGUGCAGGGUCACUCUGUCUGCCACCCGCUGGGCUCAGCCGGACGCCUUCUAGUCCCCACUGCUCGAGUUGAGGGCACGAAGCAACACAGGGCCUCGUAGACUGUCGCUUGAGGUCUGAACGCCAGCCACGCCUUCCACCCCGCGGGCAGCCAGGCCGCCUUACUGCCUUAUCUCCCCUGCUCUGUUUCCUGACCUAAUAAUUAUGGGAUGGAAAGUGGGAAGUCUGGGCCGGCGUGAAUAGAUGAAACCAGAAGAGAAGCCGGUGGGAAAGAUCAGAUGACGUGGGCCUGAGAACUUCGCUGUUCUUCAGUAUCGCGGGGUUUUGUUAAUGUUUUAUAAGUAAUCCCCCCUCCUGAUUCCUCUUUUAUAAAAUCCCAUAGAGCAGUGUUUAUGAUACCGCCAUUAAAUCCAUGUACAAAUGUAAAGAAUAUGUAUAAAUGUUUUACACGAAUAGAAGAGCAUGUAGAAGCCAACAUAUAAAUGAAUUGUUAAAAAUUGUACAGUAAAUUCUCAAAGCACUUUUUCAAAAACA